GUCGGGCACGCCACAAAUUUGUCUUCUGACUGUUCGAUCGGAUUCUGCCGCUCUUCCGAAUCAAUUGAACGAGACGGAAAUGCACAGAGCAUGGUCAUCGGUGUGCAUGCCGCCUUGGCCAAGGACUCGAGUGUGGCCUGGAUUAUGCCCGUCGUCUCGUUCUCGUCAUUGUCCGUCGCAUCGUCGACGGGGUGGUGUAGUCCUUGCAGUUCCAGAGAUUGCACCAGCACCCUCGGCAUAAGCGCCUGGAACCAAACGUGUGCAACCAGGCUACAGUGGUCGUGUGCCACGCCUGCCCGUCUCUCGGCCAAAACAAGAAGCGGGGCUCGGUUUACGAUAGCACGAUAGGCAUCCCAUACAAAUUUCAAGUCUACGGUCCCGACGACGUCGGUGGGAAAGGUUGCGAUGUCGCCAUGCGCCAUUUUGCGAUUGCGCCGCCUCCAACUACUCCCCCCCAUGGACGUCCUGUGGAAUGCAAUGCUCCAGCCAUGGUGGUGGGGCUCCAUGACCGUGUCGGCCGGCGUCGUCGCGGUGACCGUCGGCAUUGCGCUCGGGGUGGUUCAGUGGUGGAUGUACCAUCCAUUGCGCAACGUUCUCCCUGGUCCGCGCCCGACCAGCUUCCUCUUGGGCAACGCGCUCGAAACGCGAGGCAGCAUUGCAUCGUGGCACACGACGACCGCUUACCCUGAGCCGUACCUGUCGUGGUUGGUGCAGUACGGGCCGGCUGUGUACUACCGCGAGCUCUUCUCGCAUACCGUCAUGCUGUCGGACCCGAAAGCUCUGCAGCACGUGUUAGUGACGCAUGCCUCAAAGUACCCCCGCCAUCCUAUCAUUCGAGCGUACUUGUCGGAUAUCGUGCUGGGCAAAGGCCUGGUGAGUUCCGAGGGGGCGCGGCACGACGCGCAUCGCAAACUCUUGAACCCACACUUUACCGCCGCCCAGGUCAAGUCGUUUGUGCCCGUGUUCGAGCAGCUCACGAGUCGUUGCUGCACGUCCGUCCUGGAACCCGCGGCAGCCUCGAACAAGCGCCUGAACAUGGCAGUGGUGCUCCAAGAGCUCACUCUCGGCAUCAUUGGGCGUGUGGCGUUUGGGUUCGACUUUUACGCGCACCCGGAAGCCCUCGCAGCGUACCAGAAACUACAGAUGUCACCGAGCCCGCUCGUUCUCAUUGGGAUGUUCUCGGUGCCGGGCUUCAUGCACUUGCCACUGCCGUCGCUUCGCCAGCGCCGCGCGGCAAAGGCGAUCCUGGCCAACGUCAUUGCAGACGUGAUGAAGCACAAACUGUCGUCGAGUGCGUGCUCCAAAACAGAUCAAACCACGACGCCUGGUUCCCGCGACUUGCUCGAUUUGAUUUUGGCCGACUCGGCCACCUCCCACAGCGACGCCCUGACGCAUACCAUGACAUUUAUGACAGCGGGCCACGAAACAACGAGCACUGCACUGGCUUGGCUCAUGGUAGAGUGCGCCAGGCGGCCGCACGUCGUAGCCAAAAUACGAAGCGAGGUGCGCACCCUCCUCGACGCGCCCAGCCCCCACACGACGAAUCCGCUCGCGACGUGGGAAGGCGUGCAUUCGCUCAAGUACACGACUGCCGUCAUCAACGAGACCAUGCGCUUCCACCCGGUGUUCUUCCAGCUCAUGCGGCGGCUGGUGGACGCGGACGAUGACGUGCCCAUGCUCGACGGCAGCUCCCUCUUCCUGCCAAAGGGCACAUCGAUCAACAUCCUGACGUCCGCCAUUCAUUUGAACCCACAAACGUGGGCAAAUCCAACGGAAUUUGUUCCAGAGCGGUUUCUGGAAGGGUCGCCCGAAUGGAACGCCGAUGCGGCACGGCGAGGCGGCAAGUCCCACUCGUUUGUGCACAUGCCGUUCAGCAUGGGCAGCAAAAACUGCAUCGGCCAGCGGUUCGCGAUGGCUGAAAUGGUUGUCGUCAUCGCGACGUUUCUCCGACACUUUGACUUUGCCCUGACCGACCAUGCCAACACGCGCGACAGGUACAAUGCCAUGACGGUCGUGCCUGCGUUCUUGGAGAUGUCGGUGACUCGAGUGAGCGCCGCCGCCGCUCAUCGUUAGGCUCGAUAUGCUACGAAAUGGACGAAUGUGAUCAUCAUCUUGGGUUUAUUC